UCGAGGACGGUAUUCGGAGUGUUUGAAGUUUCUACGAAUCGACGGAUCGAUUAUGGAGCGACGCACAUCGCGCCUCCAUUCGAUGCGAAGCCGUGAGUGCGCAGCACUCUGAACAGUCCUGAAAAGAAAAAGUCAGACGUGCUGUUCAGCAGUAAAAGACUGCAAGAGACUCGAAAGAGAUUGAGAGCAGUGCACCGCGUCUACUGGGCGUCACUGUCAUAGUAGCAACAUCGGGUCGGGGGUGGCACGACGCAUGAACGCGCCCCGCAUCGAGAAGUUGAGAACCGCUCCGAACUUGUCGCAGGUGAACAUUUCAUCUUCGACGGAAUAAUGACUUCGGAUUACUUUACUUUACCAGUUAAUAUGGACAGAGUAUGUAGGAUCUGUCUUCAAGAGGGUACCAAUUUGUCAUCAAUCUUCUCCUCUACACAAGAAGUGAACAAUCUCACGGGUCUUUCUCAAAAAAUACAAAUUUGUGGCUCCAUUGAAAUAGAUGAGCAGGAUGGAUUACCUUCCCUGAUAUGUAAUGACUGCAUUUACAAGGCCAGCGUCGCCCAUGAGUUCAGACAACAAUGUCAAUACUCUGACGCAAGAUUACGCAUGUACUACAAUAAGCCUGUCAAAUCUAUUAAGUCUACCAUGGAUUUGCAGGAUUCUUAUACACAAACAGAUCUACAAACAAGAUUUGUACAGUCAAAAAAGUCAGACCACUUUCAAGAGGAUUAUUUUAAGGAAGACAUGCAAGUAGUUACGAGUGCACAAGAGUACAUUCAAACCACCGAUUCAUUUCCCAGAGUCAAUCUAAAUACCAAUCAAAUUCAAAUACCAGAUGAAAAGCUAUUCAUUUGUUCUAUCGGAUUUGAAGGAAGUAAAGAAGAGGUGAAAGAUUCUUGCAUAUCAGAGAAUGAGGUUCAUCAAAUGACAAUAGUACAGGAAGAUGCACAGGGUACUAACAUUAUUAAUUUACAAAACAAGGAUGACGAAAUUAAGGAAGCCGAUCAGUAUGUGGAAAAGAAUAUAGUUCAGGAGGAGCAAUUCGUGACUGAAAGUUUAUCCAAUGAUAAUAUAGAAGAGGAAAAUGUCCCGCAAAAACGCACAUCUACGAGAAAAACAAAAUCUGCUAAAACAUAUAGCGACGAUGAGGUUGUUGACAAUUAUUACGAGCCGAGUAGUGAUAGCCAAGAUUCAGUGGAGUCCAAGUUUAAAUGUAAGGUCUGUUCCAAACAAUAUGCAACACAGAAGGGUCUGAAGAAGCAUGCUUUGGUCCACGAAAAGAAAUAUAAAUGUGAUAUCUGUUUAAAAAUGUUUUACAAGCAGGAAAACAUGGAGAAUCAUCAGAAGAUUCAUGCAUCGAAACCGCAUGCGUGUCAGCUUUGUCAUGCAUCCUUCUCAAAGUCUCAGAGUCUCGUGAGGCACUUAAAGUCACAUACAGAGAAAGUAAACGAUAUGAUUAAGCAGAUCAACACAAGCGAGCGAAAAGAUAAUAAAGAACCGAAGAAAGAAUUUAAGAGUGAAGAUGAUACCGAUGAUGAGACUGGGCCUGCGAAUGAAGCGGACGAAUUCGAGAACGCGCCAGAAUUGUACAAGUGCGAGAUUUGCAACCAGUACUGCUCAUCCUUGAAGAAUUUAAGAAGACAUGCACUGGUGCAUGGCGACAAGAAGUACUCUUGUACUGUAUGUAAGAAAUGGUUCUUCAGGCCAGAUACAUUAAAGAAACAUGCGGAGAAGCAUGGACAUGGGCUGUUGGAUAAUUUGAUGGAUGAUAAUAAGCUAUACGAUUCGGAUGACGACGAUAUGCCAAGCAACAACACGAUGGAUCCUCCACCGGAGGGCGAAAACGUCAAGAAAGAGGAGAGCGACGAGGAAGGAACUGGAGAAUACAAAUGCCAACAUUGUGACAAGGUCAUGGCCACCAAGAAAGGUCUGCGACGGCAUGUAUCGAUGCAUAAGCCUAAGGCCGAGCCAGUUACUUGCGAGAUUUGUAGGAAAGUCUGUGCAAGUCAGGCUCGUCUCGUUCUCCAUCAGAAAACGCAUAAGCCGAAAGAGAAGGUACCGCGCGAGUAUCUGUGUCAUAUCUGUAGUAAGGUAUACCCAAGCAAUUCGUCCCUCACCUACCACAUGCGAACUCACACCGGCAUUAAGCCACAUGUGUGCAAGACAUGUAACAGCGGUUUCACGACCACGACAAGCCUGGCGAAUCACAUUCGUAUUCACACAGGCGACAAGCCAUUUGUGUGUCACGUAUGUAGCGCCGCAUUUGCUGUCAGCUCGGCUUUUCGCAGACAUUUAACCCGACAUACUGGUGAAGCAAAUUACCUAUGUAAAACCUGCGGUAAAGCUUUCAAGAGGCUUAGCACGUUAAAAGAGCAUACGUACACUCAUUCUGGUGAGAAACCGUACGUAUGCAAGACGUGCGGCGCCGCGUACAGUCACAGCGGCAGUCUCUUUGCACACCAGAAGCGUUGUCGCGCCCAAUAUGGCGAGAUGAUUGUUGAUGAUCACAAUCAUCAUCACAUACCACAUACAAUUACUCAUAUCCACGUAAAUAUGAAUAACGUUAAUAACGGACAAGCAGUGCGACCAGUCGCUAUGAUAGGUCAAAUGUUUUAAGAACGAAGUGGUAUCAUAGAUUACAAGCGUUAUCUGCGAUGAGUGUUGUGUAUAAGUUGUGCAGCUGUAAAUCGUAUAUACAAAAUACGUGUAACAUAAGCUGCACGUCCUCUAUAAAUGUACAUACAACUCAUUUUUCAUAAUGAAAAAUGUUCCUUGAAUAUACUCGACGCACGCGCUCGAAGACUAAUUCUUUACUUUUAAA